CCCCACCCUCCCUGUCGCUGCACCCCAGCCAGGGGGUGUCCCUGGGGGACACUGUCACCCUGCGCUGCCACCUGCCCCGCGUGCGAGCCCAUGUCCAGCUCUGGUUGAAUGGAACUCUGAGAUCCGACAAGGAAAAAGACAAGGAGCAGGAUACAGCUGAGUUCUCCUUUGUCACAAAGCUGGAAGAUGCGGGGACGUAUCAGUGUCGGUACCAGGUGUCAGAGCCACUGUGGACAUCAAAUAAGAGUGAGCCCGUGGAGCUGGUGCUGACAGGUGCUGAGGUGGCAUCCCGUGGGAACCUGGUGCUGGCGGUGG